AUAUUUGAAAACGAGGCUUCAGCAGUCGAUGAAUCCAAAAUGGCGGACCACAAACCAAUCUAUGGAUCUUAUUUAUUAUUUUUAUUGUUUUCAUUGAACUCUUUAUAUUUUGUGGAUACAGAGGGACUGCCGAAAAAAGCACAGCUAGAAAAUUUGGUUGAAAAUUUGUCUCGAACAUUGGUGGGACGAUUUAACACAGUUACAGCAUCUGACACGGUUGUUGCUGCGUAUAAUAAUACAGACAGUAAAAACAAAGCUCAUGCAAAAUUUAGUUUGAAAUUUGAAAAAUUGGAUACAGAUGCCAUUGUCAAAAAUUUCGCAGAUUCCCUCAGAAGCAUGUUCUUACUUAAGAUGGAAGCAUUGAACAAUUCUGUGAGGGCAGCGGAGGAGGCCGCAGCUAAUCAUACGUGGAAUAAUAAUAUAAAGAAAGAGGACUUCACAUGUUUAAAAGCAAAGGAGAUACUGCCUAACAAUACUGGCCUUGUAUACAGUGAGAGGUUCAAACAGAAGAUCAUUCCAAAUGUUUCCAGCAUUCACAUUCCUGUCGAGAUCUAUGAUGGAGUCAAACUAGUACCGCAAUGGUCGUUGAAGGAAAAAAUUCCGAGGGAUGUUGAGAUACUGAAUGGUCUGCAGUGGUCAGCAGCUCUGGACAAGGUUUUCACUGAGAAUUAUAAAAAGGAUCCUGAGAUACUGUGGCAAUACUUUGGUAGCCAGAGUGGUUUUAUGCGAACCCUACCUGCAAGCAGAUGGGAAACCGGUGAUGAAGUUGAUUUAUACGACGUUCGGCGUAGACCAUGGUAUACCCAGGGGUCGAGUUCUCCAAAAGAUAUGUUGAUUUUGAUAGAUACGAGUGGAAGUGUGUUUGGCCAGGCGCUUGAACUGAUUAAAGUCGCUGUAAAGUCACUACUAGACACCCUGGGAGAAAAUGACUUUGUUAAUAUAGCACAUUUUAGUAAAGAAGCUCACAAUGUAUCCAGGUGUUUUAAUGGCACUUUUGUACAAGCUAACUACAGAAAUAAAAAGAAACUGAUAGAAGAAGUGAAUGGAAUUGAGGCAGGGGGAAUGGCAAACUAUAAAGCUGGACUGACUUUUGCAUUUGAACAGUUUGUCAAGUUAAAGAAUCAGACAAAUGGUAGACGAGGCGCUGACUGUAACAGAAUGAUCAUGCUGCUCACUGAUGGCGGGUCUGAUUUAGCUGAGGAUGUGUUCAAAAAGUACAAUCCUAAAGACCACCAGAUGUACCGCGUGUUUACCUAUGCUGUUGGACCCACAGCUAAUCCAGUAUCAGCUAUACGGUGGAUGGCCUGUGCUAAUAAAGGUUAUUUCUCUCAGAUACCUGCCAUGGGUGCUGUAAGGUCAAAGGUUCAGGAAUAUGUAGAUGUGAUUUCUCGACCAUUACCAUUAUAUCACUCAAAGCAUGAGUUAUGGACGAGUAUUUACCAGGGCGUAUAUCAAGAUGCGGGUCUAGGCAUGAUGACAACUGUGACACUACCUGUGUACAACAAAACUAAUAUGAAUGGUUCGACUGCCCAGACUAUACUAGGUGUAAUGGGUAUAGAUGUAACAACAGAUGCCAUGUUGAAAUAUGCUCCUCUAAGAAAGUUUGGACCCAAUGGAUUCACGUUUGCCAUAAAUGCUAAUGGUUACAUAGUGUUCCAUCCAAAACUGAAGGUUCAGAAUGACUUGAAAGACCCACCGAAUGUGGAUUUCCUAGAAGUUGAGGUUGAAACCGACGCUACAGUGCAGCUUCGUAAUGACAUGAUAGAUCAGAAACAGGAUAGAAUUGAAAUUGUAAUGUACACCAUUGCCAAGGAUCAGAGACAUGUUGAUAUUGAGAAUGGCGACAGAAAAAGGAUCAUCAGCUAUCGUGGAAUUGAUCUUACUAAUUUCAGUCUCGGUGUGAAUAUACCAAAGUACCAUGAAUAUUAUCUGAUGAUUGAAACUGAUAUACAAACACCAGUCAAUGAAAAAAAUAAAAGUUUAUUGAAUGAUACCCAUACUGCAUUGCUGAUACCUGACUGGGAAUUCUUUGAAGGUUAUUUGUCUAAGAACUCGACAGGAACUGUCCUUGACCUGCAGGAAGCCCUUGAAAAUCCAUCUCAAUACAAAUGGGACGAUGAAUUGAUCAAUCAUUUAUUGUUUGAUCUCUCCGUAACAUCAACUAUAGACGGAUUCUGGCCGCUUCUACACAACAAUCCGGAUGGAGAAGGGUUGAUUGGCGCCUUUAUUGCGACAAUGGGAGGUUUAACUAAGAUAUACCCUAAAAGCUGCACAUACAAGCAUCUUGCUACGAGGAAUUUGUGUGAGGGCCCGCGACCUCGAGAUAGAAAAUGUUAUAUUGAGUGUAGUAAUGUGACGGAUAGGGAAGAUUUGGUCAAACAGUUUAUUGAUCAGAGAGAUCCAUGGAAAGCCAACUACUUCAAGAGAGCUAUUGAUGCCCCACAUUUAAUAUUCAGUGCUCCAUAUAUUCUUGAUCCAGUUAGUCCGGAAAAUAUAUCUGCCAAUGAUUCAUUUGGUGAAGUAACAGUUGUCAAGUCUAUUUCCAUUAACAACAGCAAGAUGGGCUCAAACCUUGGUGGUCAAAGUCUGAACUACAAAGCUGCAGUUCUGGGAGCGGUAUUCACACACGAGCACAUCAGAGAUACCAUGAUUAAAGUAUCCAACCAGACAAGUAUAGGUGACUGCGGGGAUCCGUCAACCACGGCAUGUUACCUGAUUGAUGACGGGGCGUUUCUUAUAGCAACUAAUCAAGAACAGUACGAAACUAGUGUUGGACGUUUCUUUGGAAAGGUAGAUCCUGAAGUAAUGUUUCAACUUUACAAUAGCUCCUUCUUUCAUAGAAUACAUCAGUUUGAUUAUACAGCUACAUGUAACAUUGUCAAUGAUGAAACUAGUGCUGCAAAUAUUAACAUUCCAUUUGUUGCCCUGUUUUACGAAUUCCUUACUUUCAACUGGUGGUCAAGUAUUAUGACAUGGACCAUUACGAACUUCAACAUUUACAAUAUGAUGUAUACAGAACCUGCAUAUGGUCUAGAAGAUGAGCUGUUCAACAUGGCUAAGACAAGAGAAUGUGUGAAGAAACAGGCACAGUAUUUCUUCUCUGACCUAGAGUAUCUUGAAGGUCAGACUGAUUGUGAAGUUAGAAAUAUCAACUGCUCAAGAGAGUUUGUGGUUCAUCGUGUUAUGGAUACAAACCUUGUGAUGGUGAUCACUGAUGCGGAAAAAGACGGUUGUGACAAGUGUCGUAAAUCUGUCAAUCCAAAAGAUCUUAUACAGGAGCCUAUAGAACCCUCUGCUAGGGAAGUUGAUAAUGAGUUUUGUCACAUGAAACCACGCUACAGGAAAUCUACAAGCAACUGUUAUGAUAGCCAUCCAGCAGAGAAUACAGAUAAAUGUUCAGCAUCUUUAGCUCAUCCUGUUUCCAUGGUGAUAAUUUUCCUUGUUUCAAUGGCAAUCAUUCUACUUAACAACCGGUGAUGGUGAAAUAAGACUUAAGAAUAGCCACACAUUCCUGUUCUUAGUUAUAUUUUUCAUUCAGAAGCAACGAUUUUCCACCUGACCUUGAUUACAGCCUUUGACCUUGAACAGUGACCUUGAGUGGUAAAGGUCAACAGAUUUUCUUUUAUAUAAGAACUUCAUUGUUUGAGAAAAAAUCUUUUGUUGGAGUAGAAUAUAUGAUAGGUCUGUUUUGUUUUUGAGUUCUGUUUUAUAUCUACAAUGAAUUAAUGUUAUAUUUUGAAUAAGAAAAACACAAAAGUAAGAAAGUGCCAAAAAUGCAAUAUUGGUGAUUUGUGUUUAUAGUGUGUUAUAGUGUAUAAACAAAGCAAAAAAAAAAUACUUCAGCCAAACUUAAAUUUUAUAUACAUUAUGUUUUAAGAGGAAAACUUAUAAAAAUUGUUGUCAUUUAAGAAAUCAGAAAAACAUUUAACAAAAAUGGGUUAAAUGAUGGGAGCCCAGAUAAGCCUACCUAGUUAUGUAGUUUUACCAUAAUAUGUGCAUAUUGCUCACAUGCUGCUUAAAGGAGCUCCACUGAGGUCAAAAAACCUAAAAAAACAUAAAAUUUAAAAUUCUAACAUAAAUUCUUACAUAGAUUAAGUGAGACACUUAAAUUGGAAUUAUUUGCAAGAAUAAUAAAGAAAUAUGCUCAGAAUUAAAUUUAAAAAAAAAAAUUUUUGUGUGAACUUUAGCCUGAUUUGAGUGAAAAGUGAGGCAACAUUUUCAUUUUUGGGUAAAAUUUCACAAAAAAAAAAAAAAAAAAUGAUUCUGGAAAUACUGGGAGAGGGAAUGAUCUGAAAAUUUGCACAAAAGUUAUUGGUCUAGACAUACAUCAAAUGGUACACAAAUAUGAUAAUAUAUUUCCAGUCCCUUCAUGACAAAAAAUUGAGUGGAUUCCCGUGAAAUACAUUAUAUGAUGUGUAGUAAUAUUAUAGGGUUUGAUAUUUAAAAUUAGGCGUGGCCAUUUUACAUUCUCAGCCAGGUAAAGUAAAGAUUAUUUUGUUGGGUAUAUAUGCAACAUUGGGCUCGUUCAUGUUUGUUGAAAUAUGUUUUCAUAUGAUGUCAUAUGUUUAUUAUUAGUCACCAUUUUGUGUUAAAGCUUUAAAAAUCUACAACAGAUUGUGUUAAAAUAGUUGUGAAAUAUUGCGAUAGAUGUUUGUAUAAGUUGAAUAUUUAUUAUAGAGUAUAUUACACAUAUAUUAACUGUUUUCUUUUCCCCCCUCUGGAUAUGUGGUGCUCCCUCAAACGCCCUGCCUUGUGUAUAUAGUGUUUAUAAAACAGGCUGCAUAGUCCUUUAUGCUCAUUAUUUUGAAACAUAUAACAGUCCUGAUUUAAUUUUGAAAAAUCUUUGUAGAUAAAUUUUUCCCUAAAUUAAUGAAGUGUUGAUUUGAUGGUAUCAGUUUUGUUGGGUUUUUGCUAAAUAUAUGUUAAAAUAUAUA